CCGUGCGCGCGCCCCGCGGCUCCAGCCCAGCACUAGGAGCCGCUUUCGUUGCCACGGUCUGCUCCCCGGGGCCGCCGUCGCGUCCCCGAGCCUGGGGGCUUUGUACAUUGGUCUCGCGCCGCUCGCCCCGAACCAGAAGGACGAGUUCGAGGAGGAUGCCUGGGCCCGUGAGUAUCGCGGUGGCUUCUGUCGGGUCGGGCGGGCGUGGAGCGCUGGCGGAAGACGGUCGGGGGGCUGAACCCCUCCCCGCGGGCGGCUCUGCACCCUCUCCACGGAUCGCUGGCCCGGACCCCCGCCCCAGCCGCGAGGCGGACCCUCCCCCAAGCCACACCAGAGGGAGGGAGGGAGCGUGCCAGCGAGCAAGGGAGCCGGAGUGGGGCGCGAGCCGCCACCGGUUCGCUUGGAAACGGUUGCCACAGCAACAGGGUUGCGCUCCCCGGCAACGCGGCUGCGGGGCGGUGACGCCCCCUCCCGCCCAUCCCCCACCCCACGCGGGGCAGUAGCCGGGGGCGCAGGGGGAGAGCGAGAGCAAGUACCCUUACGCCCUGGGUGGGCAACCUUCGCCCCUCAAGCCGGUCUGGGUGUGCCUGCCUCCAUAGCUCGUCGUGGGUGGGGGUGGGGGGGCGAGCGGCCCCGUGGGCACGAGCUGGCUCCCACGUGGCUGCAGUCGUCGCAGCAGGGCUCAUGGGGUGGCUGCAAUCAUGGGUGUGGGGGUAGGCGCGAGGAGACAUGAAGGCUGGGCUGGGGUCUCUGCCCUGGAACCCCCACUAACUACUACCACCACCACCCAGGGCCUUCUCCCGCCGGCAAAACGGCCUGCCCCGAGUUGGGUCCUUCUGAGAUGAUGCUCCCUACCAAAGGAGAAGCAAGAAGCUCGCAUCCCUUCUCCUUACAGCCAGGGCAUAUGCCAAACCGCGGCAUGGGCCAGCGUGGGUCUCUGCCCAAGCCACCAUUCUCCCGGUAGGGGUGGGAGCAAAGCGGGCAGGAGCCAUUGCUGACCCAAGGAAGCCAAGCCCGAGGCCAAAUGGGAGCGACCCGGCCAUUGUUUAGCUCACAAGUGCCCCUUUCUUGUUUGAGCACAAUGCCCGACUGUGCUGGGGUGGCAUGCAGGUUGACCAUCAGGGAGGCCAGCACCACAUGGAGGUGCGGGUGCUCCAGGGGAGCUCCUCAGGGAGGAGAAUGGCUUCUGAGUCAGAGGAAAUGACCUCUGGCUCCCCUCCCAACCUGCUGUCCGCAGGCAGCAUGCUGGGCAGAGAAAUGGCCCUCCUGCCAGCUCUCCCAGGCCUGACUCAGCAGAUGCCUGCCACCCACAGACCUCAGACCCACCAUCCCGGCGACCACAACCACCCCUGGGUUUCCUUUCCUACCCAGGGAGAUGUCCUGGGCCCCAGCAGUGACCAGUGUCUGGGGCACUUGAGGCCUUGACAUGUAAUGCCCUUACAUGGAUGGAGCCCUGGGAAGCCGGGCCUGAGUCUCCCAAAGGCAGCAGUAUGCUUGGAGUUAUUCACAGACUCCUUUCAUCCCUCCUGCUCUGGGUGAGACCUGUGUUGAGUUCUUUGCAUCGAUAACCCCUUCAUUAUCCCAACAAUUACACAAGGUAAGUUAUUACCCCCAUUUCAGAGGUGAAGACUCUGAGGCUCAGGGAGGGGAAGUGACUUGCCCAAGGUCACACAACCACUGAGUGAUAGAGCUAGGUUUCCAGAUCCAGUUUCUCUGCUUGCAGAGCCCCUCUCUGCCUGUCACCCAUCUCUUUUUGUGACCCAGGCAGAAAAGAAUGGGAGAGCCUUCUAGAGGAGCUUCCUUAACCACCCUUCACAUUCCUCUGGUGAGGAAAUCCCAUGUGUCUUUCAGGCCUUGGUAGACCUUUGCUUUUCCCAGCAAAAUCCACCAGAUUCUUGCUCCUUUAGAUACAUAUAAGAUUGUGCUACUGCUGGGCUUGUUUCCUAGUGCCCUACCUCUCAGUCUCCCUUUAUUUUCUCUCUCUGGGUGAGACUGAAUGGUGAGGGCUGCUUUCAUGUUCUGGGCAGGUUCUGAGGGCUCUGGUUCGGGGUGGGUGGCCACUCAGCACCCAUAGGACAGCAGUUCCUGGGGGGAACCCUUGAGGCCCUAGUUGUUGGUUUGUGGGCUCCGUGGCCUGAUGGACUUGCCGUCCUGCCUUUGAGGGAGAGAAUUUCGCAAAGGUGGGUCCAUGCAGUGGGCUACUCAGUCUAGCUCAGAGAUUGGAAACCCAAAUGUCUCAGCACCUGGGGAGGGGGAUGGAAUGAGUGAGGUGGGCCAGGCAGCUACUCCACUGUAGUCUUCGUCACCAUGUGAGGUUGUAGCUUGGUAUGACCAGAUUAUCCAGUGUUCAAGAUAGGCCAGAAAUCUAGAUCUUUAUGUAAAACCUCCUGGUUUUCAAAUGCUGGCGGCUCAUCAGAAUAUUUUUCAAAAAUAGAUUGUGGGCCAACAAAACAGAUCAGUGAACUGGGUCUAGCCUGAAGGUUGUGAGUUUGAGACGUCUGGUCCAUUGUCAAGUGACAGUUCUUGCUGGACGACCCCAUCCUCCCCCUGGCUUUGUGGACAGUGUAGCGCCCUGGGCUGGUUUCCCCAUUUGAGCCUCAGAGGCUGCAGGGGGCUGGUGCUUGGUUAGUUACAGGCUGCUGUGUGCAUGUGCUGGAGUCUUUGCAUACCCUUCUCAGUUGUUCUUCCCCUUGGGACUACCAGGCAGGUCUCAUUAUUCUUGAUUUACAGGUGAAGACACUCCACUCAGGGAUGAGGAGAGCCAGGAUAGGGCCACACAGCUCUUUUAGGGCAGAAGUGGGGUUUGAACCCGGGGUUCCCCCUUCAGUGCUUAGCAUUACACCAGGCUACCCUCUGAAGAGGGUCUUAAUCACCUUCACAUGUGUGGCCAAGUCCCUUGGAGGUACAGAUAAUUAUCCCCAUGCCCAAAUGAGGGGAUGGAGGUCGAUUUGUCCCAGGUCUCAAGGGAGGAGCCUGGCCUUUGAGUAUCUGCCCCCUCCCCCCAGCCCCCUGAGGAGAGCCAGUGCUGAGUACAGUGAACACUGGCCUAAAUCAGGCCUCUACCCCCGGCCCACAGGGGUCCAAGUCUUUGUUGUCCCAUUUGCAGUUUCCCAAUUCCUGGGUCCCUGGCCUAGGGCCAUGACUGGGCCAUAGAAGUUGCAUCCACAGAUAGGGUGCCAAGCCAGUGCCCUGGGCUAGCUGAAAAUGAGGUGCUGGCCACCUCCGUGCCCAUCAUCCCUCUCUGGCCUCAGUUCAUCUGUCUUGGGGUGGGAGGGGUGUGAAAAUGUCACCAGGGUCUCCCUGAAAUGCCCUUCCUGCCAGAACAGCAGGCUUUGCAGGUGCCUGGGCUUCACCUGAGCUGGCCCCUAGGUGAGCCUCUGUCCUUGCCUGUAGAAUGAGGAUGACAACAGCCAUCCCCUAGGUGUUACUGAGAGAACAAGUACAAGGGCCCAACAGUGGUCCUGGGCUGUGCAAGGCAGUCAGCAGUUCCCCAUCCUCCACCCCACCCUCACUGAGCACAUACCACACUCUCCUCCUAGCCUGAGUCCCCUGUCCCUUUGCUCAAGGACCAGCAGUUCCAGCCUCCUGUCCAGGGCUGCUUCUUGUGGCCCAGAGCCCUGCUGCCUGGGAUUUCCUGUCCCCUCCUGAGCCCGUGGAGUGCGCCUCCAUGUUGUCUUAGUCACAGAGAUAUAUGGCUUCUCAGCUCAUUAUAAAGCACUCUUCAAGGGGUGAAAGCUUAGCAGAGGGUUCUCUCUCAGGGGCAUUUUGGUGAAUGGCCAGUAUAUCCCAGGAAUGAACUGGAUGCAGACCUAGUUCUUGAGGUGGUCCUUGUCCCACAGCUAAAAGACCAAGCAGGUAACCGGACACCUGCAGCCACUCCUUCCACAAGUGCCUAUGUUCUGGAUGAUGCAGAGGCAGCCCUCUGGUGUUGGACACAGGCCACUACACAACAUUCCUCUGUGAUUGGGCUUCUCACCCAGUCCUGGGCUGACUUGCCAAGAGGCUAAGUAGAGAGAGCUGUGGCAAGGGCAGCAAGAGCGGAGUUGCAGGCCAAGAAAGCGUGCUUGCUUCGAACACUCGGCAGCCCAGAGAAUGCUUGGCAUGCUUUCUGCAAAGGGACAGGGUGCCCCAAGGUGAGACUCAAAAAGCCUUGGCAGGAGCUCAUCCUGGAGGCAAUGAUCUAGUUCAGUGGUUCUCACUGGCCUCUGGUCCCUGGACCAGCAGCAUCAGCAUCUCCUGGGAACUUGGGAGAAACGCAAACUCUCAAGCGCCCCUUCGGACAUCCUGAGUUGGGAACCCUGGCAGUGGAGGCCAGCACUCUGUUUUAGCAAGCCCGUCAUGUGAUUCGGAUGUUUGCUCAAGUUUGAGAGGCACUAAUCUAACCCAUGUUAAGGAGUUGGCCUGUGUCUUGAGCGCAGUGGGAAAUUGCUGGAGGGUUCAGGCAAGAGAGGGAUGGGAUGAAACAGACCACAUGGAGAGUAGUCAACCUGGGCAGGAGCACAGGAUGAAGCAGAGAGUGGCAGCAAGGAUGCUGAGGGAUGAGGGUGACCUGGCCGAGGUGGUUGGCAGAGGGGACCGAAGACAGUGGACAGAUGAAGACAUGCUACUCUGAGAUGUGGAAACAACAUGACUGGGUGGAUGGAGUGAAUGAUGGGCCCUUUACUGAGAUAAAGGACCCAGCAGCAGGUCUGAGGUUGGGGUGCUGGGGUCAUUCAUGUGGAGGGUAAUGUGGUUGGUGCCAACAGCAGUGCUUGGCACAUAGUAGGCACCAGGCCCUAUAAUAAGAGAUCUGAGUGACCAUGGGAGUCAUGUAAUCUCUUUGAGCCAAGUUUCCUCAUUCGUCAAACGGAAAGAAUGUUCAUCUCCUUCAUAGGAAGAUGUUGAGAAUUACCUGUGGUGUCCAGCCCUAUGGCAGGGAGUACCUUGGGGACACACACAUCCCUGUGUCCUCUGCUCGGAGCUGCCAUCCUCAGAGCUAAUGUCUAUUGGACACCUCCAAGCCCUUUACAUGGAUUAGCUCCAUCUGCACCACAACUGUAGAUGAGGAAACUGGAGGUCUCACUUUCAUCCCCCUGUUGGGUCCCCAUGAGUGUGUGGCGUAAGAAAACGAUACUAACCGAUAUGCUCAAAAGCACUACCAAUAAAUCAAGAGGGCAUCCUAAAAAAUUGUUCACAAAGCCUGCAGGAAGGGAAGGGAAGAGAAACACAGAAAACAAAUAAUAAAAUGGCAGACGUAAGGAUGGGUCCUUCUGAAGGGGAGGCUCCUGGUCCACAGCUGGGCAAAUGACUGGUGUUUGUGGGUAACAGCCAGGAGGGGUGUGGGCAAGGAGAGUGGCUAUGAAUCAGAGGCUGUUAGACAGGGUGUGAGUCCGCAGGGCUCCCCAGCCAAAGAGGAGAGCAUGCAGGAAGGCACGGAGGGUAAAGGGGCACCGUUUUGUUUUUUUUUUUUGUCGGGGGGAGGGUGAGAAGUUUGGCCUGGCCAGGUGAAGCAUUUUGAAAAGUCUCCAUGAAUCUCUUGAUGCUUAUCUACUGAACACCUACUGUGGGUUUGAUGGGAAGAUACUCAGCAACUCCUGGGGACAAGAUACAGGGAAGGAGGCAGGGCCUCCUCCAGGCUGAGUGUAUCCCCACUGAGUGGAGCAACAGCUGAGGGAGGUGUGGUUAGCAUCACAUACCUGCUUAAACUGGGUGAUGGAGCCACAGUGGGGUCACAGGGCCCCCUCAGCUGUGAGACCUAAGCAAGAGACUUCCUCUUUCUGACCCAUCGUUUCUACAUCUGUAAAACACAGCAAAGACUCCUGGCUGAGGAGUGACAACAGGGUCAGAUUACCCAAUAAGCAAGGUACGCAUGGGCUUAAUUGUGCUUACUUAGUAAUCUGUAGUGCACAAUUUCACCCAUUUGUGCACUGGGUACAUUGUCACCUGGGUGACAAUCUUAGGUGUGGCCUGCCCUAGUCUGGCCUAACGCCCAGCCCACUGAGCUGGACAUCUCAGAGCUUGGUCCAUAUCCUUUGUUCCUUGUGAACCAUGGAACCGCCAUGCCAUCCAUCCUUCACCUUGAACUCCUUUCCCACCCUUGAGCUAUUUCACGGAAACUGAGGGCUGGUGGCCAGGAGCACCAGGGCCUUGGCAGGAAGGAGCAGGAACACUGAGAACUGGCCCAUCGGCCCUGUGCCCCCACUGCCACUAAACCCUCGUGUACCAAGUGCUCACGGGCACCAGGCUUGUCACAGACAUCUCACUUGUCACAUAGUGGAAAACCUUUGGACACAAAUUUGGGGAUUCACACUCAGGCUCAAAUUUUAGCUCCUCCCCUUAUCAGCUGUGUGACCUGGGGCAAGUCAUUUCCCUCUCUGAACAUGUCUCCUCAUAUAUCAAAUGGGGCACAACCCCCAGUGACCAGGAGGUGUUGAAAAUCACGUAAGAUUCUGCAUGUAAAGGGCUAGAACCAGGCCCGACAAACACUAGAUGGCCUCUGGCAGAUACUUCUAAUUCAGGGAAAUCCCAUCAUCUCCAACCCUAGAAGUGCCUUUUCUGACGCAGAGCUGUUCCUGCCCUGCAGGCCAAGGGGCCCCCUUGUUAGUGCAAGUGUCCUCAGAGCAUUCCUGAAAAUUCCUGAGGGUUUAGGAAAAGGAGAACAACAGAUUUAAUUAACUCUCAGUGACUGGCAGCAUCGUGUUUUUAUCUGGGCUUCGUCGCCAUGGCAGCCUCAUGGUGGGGUUGUUGAGGGGGCGGGCAGAGCUAUUGUUCCUGCCAUUGUCUGUUCUGGAAUGAAGGCCCAGGAGAAAGAGACUGGCACAGGCACCAAGUGGCACAUGGCUGGAGGCAGCCAUGGAGUCGGGAGCCAUCUGGGGAGAAGCCGGGGCAUGCUGCCCCGGCUUCUCCCCAGAUUGGUGGACCAGUUGGAGAUGGCUUAAUCUAGAGCCUCCCAGCUUGGGGCUGAGGCCUGCCAUGGCCCCCAGAGCUGAAUGCCUGUGUGCCUUCUGCCUACUGAGGGUGGGAGGGCCCUUGGGGCUCCUGCAAGAGGCCCCCAAAGUAGCUCAGGCAGCAGCACUUUCCCCCCUGCCUAGGCUGGGGUUCUGCCACUUGCCAUCUACACAGCUGAUUGCCAACCCACUUCCUCAUCUAUAAAAUAGGAAUAAUUGCACUGACCCCGCAAGGUUCAUUUCUGUUCUGUGAGAGUGGUGAACAGUUGCCAACCACUCCUCACUCCCCAGAGUUUAGGGCUCCCCCUGCCCCCCCUCCCCAUGCAUAUACCUUAGAAUGCACAGUUCCCCCUCAGCCCUGGCUGUGGAGGAGGUAGAACUAAAGCUGCCCAUCUGGAGCGGUUCAGGACCAGGGGGGUCCGGAAGACAAGCUUCUGAGUGCCACUUACUUUUCCUCCCUUGUUCAGAGGGAAGGGAAUUGGGGAAGGGGCCUGGAGCUGGAGGAGCAGAGCCAAGAAGGCUGUGCAUGGGUAGAGGGUGGGGGAAGCGGAACUGGAGCUGCAACCUGGCAGGCGGAGGCGCCUAGAGGAAAGGAAGCGAGGGACGCUAGGAACCAAAGGAGAGAGGCGCGCUAGGCAGACAAAGGCAAGGUCCGUGUCACGCAGUAGCAGACGGAGUCCUGAGUCUGAGCCGCCUGAGAGAGCGGCAAAGACCGGGAGGCCGCGGUGCAGGACCAGUGUUCCGUGCCUUGGGCAGCUACGGGUGGGGGUGGGUAUAAAUAAGACUGAGAGCGCUGGCGGCUGCCAGGCAUAUGCACGGGGCUGUAGCCCAGGCCAGGUUACUUGUGGGGCUCUCGGAGGUGGGCCACCCUUUCCCCGUCCAAACUCCUUAUUAGCGCCUUAGGGGCCGGCCCGCAGGUCUCUGAAAACCUUUCCGAGCUGGAGUACCCGGUGCCCCGGGGACGUCGGUGGCCAAUCUGUGCGCGCUCAAGGCCUGAGUGUGGCCUCGCGCGCCCCCUGCUGGUUGGUCUAGCGUCCCCCUCCGCACUCCGGCUCAGCGGCGGUGGCGGCCCUGUCUCAGAUCCGGGGAAACCCUACCCGGGAAGCCUCUAGGAGUGAUGUCAGCCUCUUCGGUGACGUCACCGGGCCCCUCGGGGAGUGCGGGGGUUCCCGCAAGGAGGCUUUCCCGGGACUGCGCAGGGCGCGGGGACGCACAGGGACGUCGUCAGGGGCCGCAGCGCGCCUUCACCGCGCCCUGUGUCUGCCCACAGGUCUCGCGCGGCCCUGGGUGAGGCAGCCCGCACGCCCGCUGGCGCCAUGGGAAGGAGCGGGCGCCGCUACUGCCCCCCGCCAGCGCGCGCACUACUUGAGCCCAGCCGCGGGCAGCCCCCGGCCGCGGGCCCCCAAGUAACGCUGGCGGCACCUGGGAGCGUGGCGCGGGCCCGGGGCCACGCAGAGGAGAGCAGUGUCCAGUGAAGCAGCCGAGGACCCGCCGCCCGCGCCGCCGCCAUGGUUAUGUCCCAGGGCACCUACACGUUUCUCACGUGUUUCGCCGGCUUCUGGCUCAUUUGGGGGCUCAUCGUUCUGCUCUGCUGCUUCUGCAGCUUCCUGCGCCGCCGACUCAAACGGCGCCAGGAGGAGCGACUGCGUGAGCAGAACCUGCGCGCCCUCGAGCUGGAGCCCCUCGAGCUCGAGGGCAGCCUGGCCGGGAGCCCCCCAGGCCUGGCACCACCACCGCCACCACCACCACCGCAUCGCGGCCGCCUGGAGGCGCCAGCGCAUGCGCACCCGCAUGUGCACGUGCACCCGCUGCUGCACCACGGGCCCGCGCAGCCACACGCCCACAUGCACCCACACCACCACGCGCUUCCGCACCCACCGCCGCCGCACCUCUCCGUGCCGCCGCGGCCCUGGAGCUACCCGCGCCAAGCGGAAUCGGACAUGUCUAAGCCCCCGUGCUACGAAGAGGCGGUGUUGAUGGCCGAGCCGCCACCGCCCUACAGCGAGGUGCUCACGGACACGCGCGGCCUCUACCGAAAGAUCGUUACGCCCUUUUUGAGCCGCCGCGACAGCGCGGAAAAACAGGAGCAGCCGCCGCCCAGCUACAAACCGCUCUUCCUGGACCGGGGCUACACGUCGGCGCUGCACCUGCCCAGCGCCCCGCGGCCCGCGGCGCCAUGCCCGGCGCUCUGCCUGCAGGCGGACCGCGGCCGCCGGGUCUUCCCCAGCUGGACCGAUUCGGAGCUCAGCAGCCGCGAGCCUCUGGAGCACGGAGCUUGGCGCCUGCCGGUCUCCAUCCCUUUGUUCGGGAGGACUACUGCCGUAUAGAGGGGCGCCCGGCGUCCCGGCCCCACCCGCGGACUCUUGGCCAGACUGCGGGGCUUUUUAAAUGCUUCCCUGGGACUUGGGGGGGGGGAGGAUUUCUUACCCUGUUUGUUACAUUUUGAGGAUAAUAAAGGUGUGUGAUCUGCUUUGGUACAA